AUUUGCUCUCAAGUAUGUGUAUAUAUAUAUUAAUAUCUGAUUAACAUUAAGCAUUUCCUUAUUUAAUAUAUAAAGGAUCGAUAAAUACAUGGACUGAGUUACUCUAUAGAUUACAUAAUAAAUGAUAUAAUUAUAAAAUUUCUGGCAACAUUUUUUAAUGUAAAUAUAAUGUAAAUUAUCGAAUCUUCGGUUAUCUGGAAGUGGGAGAGUCAGCGUUCAGCCAUUGCUACUCUGGUCUAAAGACGCGUUGUAUGUGAAUGGUCUUCUGUACUUCGUCUAAUUAUCUCAUUAACGAAAUUAUUGUUUUCUCAUUCAAUAUCUUCUGAAGUAGAUAUUUAAUAAAACGGUGGUAAUCAUGAGUGAGCGGCCGAGUAAUGGUGAAUACAAGUAUCAAAGGGAAGAAAAUGCCGAUUCGAAGGUAAGAACAUCGUCGGAAAAGGAACGUGAUGAAAAGGAACAUCAGGUUGACAAAGCCGGGGAAUAUGUCCGGGAGCUUUUGCAAGAAAAAGUUGAAUUGGAUUCGCAAAAGUGGCCUAAUGCAUCCAGAUUAAUUGAUCAAGAAAUUCAAAAAACUCAAGCUAUUGGGAAGCCAGUUAGAGAUCUUAAAUAUGUGGAUAUUUAUCGUGAAAAACCAAUUCGGGUGUCAGUUAAAGUACUGGUACCGGUUCGGGAACAUCCAAAGUUCAAUUUUGUGGGAAAAUUACUGGGACCAAAAGGUAAUUCUAUGAAACGUUUACAAGAAGAAACUAUGUGUAAAAUGGCUGUACUAGGAAGAGGAUCUAUGAAAGAUCGUCAAAAAGAGGAAGAAUGUCGUAUGUCUUUGGAUCCAAAAUACGCACACCUUUCGGACGACCUCCAUGUGGAAAUAACAGCACUUGCACCUCCGGCGGAGGCUUAUGCUCGUAUUGCAUUUGCGUUGGCUGAAGUUCGGAAAUAUCUUAUUCCCGAUAACAACGACAACAUACGCCAAGAGCAAAUGCGCGAAAUGGAAAUGAGCAUGACAGAUGAUCCAACAAGUGGUGAUGAUAGAAGGCCUUCCGUCAGAGGAGUACCAGGUGCUGGAGGAAUAUUAAGACCAACCACAAGACCAACGAUGCCACGGUCUUCGCGAGCUUCGUCUAUUUUAGCGGCGAUACUUCCACCGCCUUCGAGCCGGGGACCAAUCUCACGUCCUGUUUCAGCAAAAAGCAAAGUGUUCUCUAUCUUAGAUCGUGCAAGAGUUGCAAUGGAUCAAAGUUAUGGUUAUGAGACUGCCACUCCACCUCCAAGUAAUCGUGUCGGAUCUCAUCAUGAUUACGAUUAUCAUACAUCAACGGGCAGUAGCAGCCGAUACGGAGACCGACAUUAUACAUCAACAUCAGGAGAUGAUAUGUAUCCUUCCUCGAGGUACACAACCUACGAAUACGAAGACGAUGCUGUCCCGCACUCUUCGCAUAACUACUACGAAACAUCAGAAUAUCCAGAGGAAUCAUCGAGCCGCGCAUGGAAAUCGUACAAGACGACAACGACAUCGGGCUCAAGCUCGCGCUACCGCAACGCCCCGUAUUCACGACCUUCCAACCCUAAACCAUUGACGUAUAAUCUUCCUAACACACGGCAACUUACGAUGCCGGCAAUGCCAAAACCUAGUAACCGAGAUCGUUCUUAAAUGAAAAUGGAGGCACUCUGAGAGACUAACACGGUAAACGAUAUGCAGAUGGUAUUACAAUAUUUCAUCGUAUUGCGACGAUAGAACCAAACGGGUAUAACGUAACUGCCAUUUCUUAUCGAUUUGUCGAGUGUUUGCCAAAGAAAAUUUUCUACUAAAUGGUAUUAACAAAACUUUCGUCUAUGAUUACUACGUUUCAUAUAUUUCUUCUUUAGAAUAAAAUUUAUGUCGCAAAAAAAGAAACUUUUACGUUCGUGAAUAAUUUGCUUGUUUUCUUUAUUUCUAUAAAAUAAAAAUUUUUCCAAUCGUAGUGUAAUAAAGCAUUCACAUGCUUUUCAGAUGUAAUUUUCAUGGCUACUGGAUAAGCACUAAAACUCGUAAUACAAUGAAAAAUGUAAUCAAACUGUUUCCUUCAAUUGCGUUUUUUAUCGCGAACGAUCGUACAUAAUAUUCAGCCCAUAGACAGUCUGGUUUUCUAUGAAAACAUUGAAAGAUAGAGAAAGAGAGAAAAAUACCUCCCUUCAAAUCCUUUCCCCUCCUGAAAAAAAUGUCACGUCAGAGUGGAAGGCUAAAGGACCAAGAGGAUCAGUGGAACGAGACACGUAAAAUUGUUAGAUAAAAAAAAAAAAGAAAAAUGUCAGAGCUAUGUCACAUUUUUCGAGAUAUCAAAUUUCGUAUCUUUUUAUAUAGUUUCAUUUUAUAUGCAAAUUUUUAAGUUUUUUUUUUCUUAUUUUGUUUUGUUAAUUGGUAUAAUGUAUGAUAAAGUUCAUGACAUGUAAAUAACUGAUUUUAGUUUUGAAUUUAUAUAUAUGUAUAUUUGUAUAUAUAUAAACUCAUAUAUAUACAUAUAUAUAAUCUUUUUAUUUUUUAAAUGGAAUCUAUUCUUUGGUUUUAAUAUAUGAUGCUUUUUAAAUGUUGAAAAGUACAUAGCUCAGGCAGUCGUGUGCGUUAUAAUAAAUAGUAAUAUGUGUCUAAAAUAGAACAAAGUAAAAUAUUGUAAAUGAUGUUCAGUGGCAGAUGACCGUAUAUAAAUUAAUAUUACAUAAGUUACAUAUAAUUAUGUAAUUAUAUAGUAAUUCAUUUAAUAUUAAUAUGUAUAGUAUCUACGUGAAAAAAAUAAUUAAAAUGACGUGUUGAAAGCUUAAAAUGACAUAAAUAAAUGUUAAAUAAAAAUAUACGUGUAUAGUAGCACGUACCAAAUAUACGAAGUGAAAAA